AUGUCCGACGUACCACCAACCCAGUCCAUUCCCAAACCAGAGGAACCUAAAGCACCAGCCCCUGCACCUCAGUUCCAGCAAGUACCUCCGAUUUACUACCAAUUUCCACCUCAAGGUUACUACCCACCACAAGGCUUCCCGAACUACCCUCCUCUGCCUAUGCCUUACUGCCCCAACCCUUGGAUGUUUAUGCAAAACCCUGCCCCACAAUUCCAAUCUCAAUCCAAGAGAGACCAAGAGUUCGAGGAAGGUCUGAACCGCUUACGCAAAGAGUAUGCUACAGCUCCAAUUGAGAGAAAGUUGUUCCCGGACCAAAAAAUAAAGUUUAGGGUAGAAGGUUAG